GGCCAUUUCUUUUCUUUUUUUUUUUGUUUUUUCAUCUCUUCUUCCCAAAAUAUCACAAAUUUUAUUUUAGAUCUUGAACCCAAAAAUCCCAUCUCUUCUCUCUUUCGAUCCCGAUCUCUUCGAUCUCUCAUUGCUCGAAUCCAUGGAUGCGCUGAGGAAGCAGGCCACCAGGCUCCGGGAACAGGUCGCCAGGCAGCAGCAGGCUGUGUUUAAGCAAUUUGGAGGUGGUGGUUAUGGAAAUUCAGAUUUAAUUACUGAUGAGGCAGAACUCCAUCAACAUCAAAAACUAGAAAAGCUUUACAUAUCAACCCGUGCUGGCAAGCAUUUUCAAAGGGAUAUUGUAAGGGGUGUCGAAGGUUACAUAGUAACUGGUUCCAAACAAGUUGAAAUCGGUAGUAAAUUAUCUGAAGAUAGCAGGAAGUAUGGUGCUGAAAACACCUGUACAAAUGGAAAUACAUUAUCAAAAGCUGCAUUGAGUUUUGGCAAAGCUCGUGGCCUAAUGGAAAAAGAGCGGGGGAAUCUCCUGAAAGCUCUUGGCACCCAGGUUGCAGAACCAUUAAGAGCAAUGGUUAUGGGUGCUCCAUUGGAAGAUGCUCGUCACCUUGCUCAGCGUUAUGACAGGAUGCGGCAAGAAGCUGAAGCUCAGGCUAUUGAAGUUUCAAAACGGCAAGCAAAAGUACGAGAAGCUCCAGGCAAUGUUGAUAAUAAUUUGAAGUUGGAAGCUGCUGAAUCUAAGCUGCAAGAACUGAAGUCAAACAUGACUGUGCUGGGUAAGGAAGCUGCUGCAGCUAUGACCGCUGUUGAAGGUCAACAGCAGAGAUUAACUUUGCAACGGCUUAUGGCGAUGAUUGAAUCAGAGCGUACUUAUCAUCAAAGAAUGCUGCAAAUCCUUGAUCAGCUUGAAGGGGAGAUGGUAUCAGAACGGCAAAGAAUCGAAGCAUCUCCAAGUCCAGUUUUGGAGAACCCUGCACCACCACCUCCAUCAUAUGAGGAAGCCAAUGGCAUGUUCUCACCCCACCCAAGGGAUGGCACAACCGAUGCCAUGGGCUACUUCUUAGGCGAGGUCAUGCACUCAUUUCAUGCCGAGUCAGAAGCAGAACUUAACUUAUCAGUUGGUGACUUUGUUGUUGUAAGAAAGGUUUCAAACAAUGGUUGGGCCGAAGGCGAAUGCAAGGGGAAAGCAGGAUGGUUUCCUUUUGUGUACGUUGAGAAACGCGAUCGAGUUCUUGCUAGCAAAAUGGCUGAAGUCUUCUGAGCUGCUGUUAUACUUCAAUUAAGCUGUAGACUUAGGCUUGUAUUCUUGUGCCGAUGAGCUUAUAUAAACAUGAAGCUAAGUAGAAAUCAUAUGUAUACUUGGGUGGAUUCUACCUGUGUUUUAUUCACUCUCAUUGUUGGGUUUGUGGUUUUGUGAACAAGUCCAUGAAUCAUAUUUUUGAACCAAAUGCUCACAUAUAUAUAUAUAUAUAUAUUUAUGUA